AUGGCGGUCGCGAAAACAAAAGUUUUAAGUCCUUUCUUUUGGAUAAUGUAUUUAAUUUGGACGCUAGAUUCUACACAAAAUUUUUAUAGAAAUAUCUGGGCUGUGAAAGUACGUGGAAGUCUACAGGACGCGAAGCAGUUGUCCUUCAAGCAUGGUUUCGUGUAUGACAAACAUGUGAGUUCUUCCACCCUAACUUUGGUUAAAUCUACUCAAAACCCAUUUUAUUAUCACCAUUGUAUCGCUGAAAAACGUAUUGCUAAAAAUGGGAACGCAUUAUGUACCAAGAACGGAAAUCUAGACAAGCCAAGACUUAAUCUACCACUAAAAGUGCUAUGACUUGAAACAGCGAAAAAAUGAAAUCGGGACAAACGACAAAUGAAUGGAUUUAAACUAUUACAGCGAUGAAGACAAGGACAACUACAGUUUUAAAAUACCGACAGAAAAAUAGUUUCCAUCUCAAUAUAUAUGUAAAACAAAGGGGGUGUAGUUACAACUUGGUGUUACGGUGCACGAAUUUAUGCUACUUAGUAUAUGCCAAUCUCUAUGUCAUAUAAUGAUAGUACCAUGGAGUCAUGGUUUCAUAGGUCUCGUGGUGUCAGUGGUUUCAUAGUUUCAUGUGUUUCGUGGUUUCAUAGGUUUAGUGGUGUUAAUAGGUUCAUGGUUUCAUAGGUUUCGUGGUGUUAAUGGUUUCGUAGUUUCAUGGGUUUCGUGGUGUCAAUGCUUUCAUGGUUUCAUAGGUUUCGUGGUGUCAAUGGUUUCAUGGUUUCAUAGGUUUCGUGGUGUCAAUGGUUUCAUGGUUUCAUAGGUUUCGUGGCGUCCAUGGUUUCAUGGUCUCAUAGGUUUCGUGGUGUCAAUGGUUUCAUGGUUUCAUACGUUUCGUGGUGUCUAUGGUUUCAUGGUUUCUUAGGUUUCGUGGUGUCAAUGGCUUCAUGGUUUCAUAGGUUUUGUGGUGUCAAUAGUUUCAUGGUUUCAUAGUUUUCGUGGUGUCAAUGGUUUCAUGGUUUCAUAGGUUUCGUGGUGUCAAUGGUUUCAUGGUUUCUUAGGUUUCGUGGUGUCAAUGGUUUCAUGAUUUGAUGUGUUUGGUGGUUUCAUAUGUUUCCUGGUUUCUAUGGUUUCAUGGUUUCAUAGGUUUCGUGGUGUCAAGGGUUUUAUGGUUUCAUAAGUUUCGUGGUGUCAACGGUUUCAUAGCUUCAUGGUUUCAUGGUUUCAUGGGUUUCGUGGUGUCGAUAGUUUCAUAGCUUUUGUGAUGUCAAUGGUUUCAUGGUUUCAUAGGUUUCGUGGUGUCAAUGGUUUCAUGGUUUCAUAGGUUUCGUGGUGUCCGUGGUUUCAUGGUUUCGUAGGUUUCGUAGUGUCAGUGGUUUCAUGGUUUCAUAGGUUUCGUGGUGUCAAUGGUUUCAUGGUUUCAUAGGUUUCGUGGUGUCAAUAGUUUCAUGGUUUCAAAGCUUUCGUGGUGUCAAUGGUUUCAUGGUUUCAUAGGUUUCGUGGUGUCUAUGGUUUCAUGGUUUCUUAGGUUUCGUGGUGUCAAUGGUUUCAUGAUUUGAUGUGUUUGGUGGUUUCAUAUGUUUCGUGGUUUCUAUGGUUUCAUGGUUUCAUAGGUUUCGUGGUGUAAGGGGUUUUAUGGUUUCAUAAGUUUCGUGGUGUUAAUGGUUUCAUAGCUUCAUGGUUUCAUGGUUUCAUGGGUUUCGUGGUGUCAAUGGUUUCAUAGUUUCAUAGGUUUCGUGGUGUCCAUGGUUUCAUGGUUUCAUAGGUUUCGUGGUGUCAGUGGUUUCAUGGUUUCAUAGUUUUCGUGGUGUCAAUGGUUUCAUGGUUUCAUAGGUUUCGUGGUGUCAAUAGUUUCAUGGUUUCAUAGGUUUCGUGGUGUCAAUGGUUUCAUGGUUUCAUAGGUUUCCUGGUGUCUAUGGUUUCAUGGUUUCAUAGGUUUUGUGGUGUCAAUGGUUUCAUGGUUUCAUAGGUUUCCUGGUGUCUAUGGUUUCAUGGUUUCAUAGGUUUUGUGGUGUCAAUGGUUUCAUGGUUUCAUAGGUUUCCUGGUGUCUAUGGUUUCAUGGUUUCAUAGGUUUCGUGGUGUCAAUGGUUUCAUGGUUUCAUAGGUUUCGUGGUGUCAAUGGUUUCAUGGUUUCAUAGGUUUCCUGGUGUCUAUGGUUUCAUGGUUUCAUAGGUUUUGUGGUGUCAAUGGUUUCAUGGUUUCAUAGGUUUCCUGGUGUCUAUGGUUUCAUGGUUUCAUAGGUUUUGUGGUGUCAAUGGUUUCAUGGUUUCAUAGGUUUCGUGGUGACAAUGGUUUCAUGGUUUGAUAGGUUUCCUGGUGUCUAUGGUUUCAUGGUUUCAUAGGUUUCGUGGUGUCAAUGGUUUCAUGGUUUCAUAGGUUUCGUGGUGUCAAUGGUUUCAUGGUUUCAUAGGUUUCGUGGUGUCUAUGGUUUCAUGGUUUCAUAUGUCUCCUAGUCUCAAUGCUUUCAUAGAUUCAUGGGUUUCGUGGUUUCAAUUGUUUUAUGGUUUCAUAGGUUUCGUGGUGUCAAUAAUUUCAUGGUUUCAUAAGUUUCGCGGUGUCUAUGGUUUCAUGGUUUCAUAGGUCUCCUGGUGUCAAUGCUUUCAUAGAUUCAUGGGUUUCGUGGUGUCAAUUGUUUCAUGGUUUCAUAGGUUUCGUGGUGUCAAUAGUUUCAUGGUUUCAUAGGUUUCGUGGUGUCAAUGGUUUCAUGGUUUCAUAGGUUUCGUGGUGUCUAUGGUUUCAUGGUUUCAUAGGUUUUGUGAUGUCAAUGGUUUCAUGGUUUCAUAGGUUUCGUGGUGUCAAUUGUUUUAUGGUUUCAUAGGUUUCGUGGUGUCAAUAAUUUCAUGGUUUCAUAAGUUUCGCGGUGUCUAUGGUUUCAUGGUUUCAUAGGUCUCCUGGUGUCAAUGCUUUCAUAGAUUCAUGGGUUUCGUGGUGUCAAUUGUUUCAUGGUUUCAUAGGUUUCGUGGUGUCAAUAGUUUCAUGGUUUCAUAGGUUUCGUGGUGUCAAUGGUUUCAUGGUUUCAUAGGUUUCGUGGUGUCUAUGGUUUCAUGGUUUCAUAGGUUUCGUGGUGUCAAUGGUUUCAUGGUUUCAUAGGUUUCGUGGUGUCAAUGGUUUCAUGGUUUCAUAGGUUUCGUGGUGUCAAUGGUUUCAUGGUUUCAUAGGUUUCGUGGUGUCCAUGGUUUCAUGGUUUCUUAGGUUUCGUGGUGUCAAUGGUUUCAUGGUUUCAUAGGUUUCGUGGUGUCAAUGGUUUCAUGGUUUCAUAGGUUUCGUGGUGUCAAUAGUUUCAUGGUUUCAUAGGUUUCGUGGUGUCAAUAGUUUCAUGGUUUCAUAGGUUUCCUGGUGUCUAUGGUUUCAUGGUUUCAUAGGUUUCGUGGUGUCAAUGGUUUCAUGGUUUCAUAGGUUUCGUGGUGUCAAUGGUUUCAUGGUUUCAUAGGUUUCGUGGUGUGUAUGGUUUCAUGGUUUCAUAGGUUUCGUGGUGUCAAUGGUUUCAUGGUUUCUUAGGUUUCGUGGUGUCAAUGGUUUCAUGGUUUCAUAGGUUUCGUGGUGUCUAUGGUUUCAUGGUUUCAUAGGUCUCCUUGUGUCAAUGCUUUCAUAGUUUCAUGGGUUUCGUGGUGUCAAUGGUUUCAUGGUUUCAUAGGUUUCGUGGUGUCAAUAAUUUCAUGGUUUCAUAAGUUUCGUGGUGUCUAUGGUUUCAUGGUUUCAUAGGUCUCCUGGUGUCAAUGCUUUCAUAGAUUCAUGGGUUUCGUGGUGUCAAUUGUUUUAUGGUUUCAUAGGUUUCGUGGUGUCAAUAGUUUCAUGGUUUCAUAGGUUUCGUGGUGUCAAUGGUUUCAUGGUUUCAUAGGUUUCGUGGUGUCUAUGGUUUCAUGGUUUGAUAGGUUUCGUGGUGUCAAUGGUUUCAUGGUUUCUUAGGUUUCGUGGUGUCAAUGGUUUCAUGGUUUCAUUGGUUUCGUGGUGUCAAUGGUUUCAUGGUUUCAUAGGUUUCGUGGUGUCUAUGGUUUCAUGGUUUCAUAGGUUUCGUGGUGUCAAUGGUUUCAUGGUUUCAUAGGUUUCGUGGUGUCAAUGGUUUCAUGGUUUCUUAGGUUUCGUGGUGUCAAUGGUUUCAUGAUUUGAAGUGUUUGGUGGUUUCAUAUGUUUCGUGGUUUCUUUGGUUUCAUGGUUUCAUAGGUUUCGUGGUGUAAAGGGUUUCAUGGUUUCAUGGGUUUCGUGGUGUUAAUGGUGUCAUAGCUUCAUGGUUUCAUGGUUUCAUGGGUUUCGUGGUGUCGAUAGUUUCAUAGGUUUUGUGGUGUCAAUGGUUUCAUGGUUUCAUAGGUUUCAUGGGUUUCAUGGUUUCAUAGGUUUCGUGGUGUCAAUGGUUUUAUAGGUUUCAUGGUUUCAUAGGUUUCGUGGUGUCAAUAGUUUCAUAGGUUUCAUGGUUUCAUAGGUUUCGUUGUGUCAAAGGUUUGGUGGUUUCAUGGAUUUCGUGGUGUCAAAGGUUUGGUGGUUUCAUAGGUUUCACAGUUUCAUGGGUUUCAUGGUUUCAAAGGUUUCAUAGUUAUAGGUUUCACAGUUUCAUGGGUUCCGUGGUUUUAUAGGCUUCGUGGUGUCAAAGGUUUGAUGCAUAGUUUCUUAGGUUUGAUAGUUUCAUGGGUUUCAUGGUUUCAUAGGUUUCGUGGUGUCAAUGGUUCCAUAGAUUUCGUGGUGUCAAGGGUUUCUUUUUUUCAUAGGCUUCGUGGUGUGAAAGGUUUCAUGGGUCUCGUGGUUUCAAUGGUUUCAUAGUGUCAUGCUUAAUUGAAAAUAGUUAUUUCUCGUAUGCAGGUUUCUUUUGUUUAAACAUAUUGUUUUCGUAGGAGGCGACUACGUAACUUUUAUUGCUGUUGUUUGUAAUUUUGUUGUUCGUUAUAAUACUAAUUCUGUAAAAUAUUCAUUUCUCAUCAGGAUCUAUUGUAAACCGUUAAACGUUAAUUGUUAAUUACUAGAUUUUUCACAGUAGCUUUUAUUUGCGACACCUUGCGUUUGGAUAGGAUUUGCAAGUCGUAGGUAUUAAGAAGGGGCCACGUUGCUGGAAAGUUAGCACGGAGGGUGCGUUCAAGAGAUUAAGAGAUAAACUUUUAAAAGCUCACGCACUACUGAAAUCCUUCAGUAGAGGCGUUCCUGAUUCACGGCAAAGAAGUCAUUUUUCGGGGGAGAGCAAACAGAAGUGCUGUAAAAGUUGACAGGGCAGGAAUACGGAACGCCAAUACGGAGUACGGACAAGUACUUUGGUGAUCGAAAAAAUUUCUCCAAGAACGGUUGCAGAUUCAACCAUAUUGAACCAGAGAACAGCAGAGUGGGAGAUAAAAGCAAGUUUGUUUCAUUCCUUCUACCUUUUCUUUCUUUGACUUCCACAGCUUCCACCGUCCGCAGCAUUAAAUAAAGGUUUUUCCAACAAGCCCACUUAUGUCAAACUUACAUCCUUCAACUGCUCCAUGUUUUUAAGUUCCUGUCAGUUUCAUAGUUGUAAUUACUUUUCUAGCCCUUGCAGCGGCAGUUAGUGAUAUUGUUGGAUUCUCUCUACUUAUACAUUACAAACAGUUUUUUGAGUAGUUUUCAAAAAAGCGCUGUCGGUAAAAUAUAAACUAAAAGUGAUGCGCUCUAGUUUUUAUCUAUGGGGCGUUGCGAGAGUUCAUUUGACAUGACAGCCUGUCAAGCCCUGGUCCAAUCACAGUUUCAAUAAAAAAAAAUCAACCAAUCAAAGUGCUUGUUUACGUCGUUCGCACGUGCGCUCACUUCUUGUUUGUUUGUUUCUUUUUUUCUCUCCCAACAUGUUAGAGAUGUAAAAAAAUAAUCAGAGGAUUAUAAUUUCACAUUUAAAUGUUUCUUUCUCUCAGCCACGGGCAUUAUCCUUCGAUAUACUAGCCGCCGGAAGAGGUUCAUUUACUAAAUUAUCCAUGAAAUUAACAAACCCAAUAAACCAUACCAUGAAACUACAAAACCUUUGAAACAACGAUAUAUAUGAAACCACGAAACCGGUGGAACCAAGAAACCCAUGGUGGACGGUAACUUAGUAUUUUCAAAUGACACCAUGGACAGAACUAUAAUACCAUGAAACCCUUGACAUCUAGCCUCCCCGUAGACGUCCUCUGGGAUUCGCUCGUCACGCGUUUAUUUCUCCCCCACAGACGUCUGCUAAACACAGCCGACAUUUACGUUCUUUUUUGUUUCAAUAAGCCACUAAGCCGUUAGUUAUUGUGUCACGAUCAGCCAGUAACGAGCUGUGAUACAAGUGAAACGGCACCUACGAAUUAUUUCUCGUUUUGUUAGAGGAACAUUUAUUCCAUGCGCAUGCAUGGAUGAGACUCCGAAGAAAGUUAUAAGAAGCGAAUUUUUUUUGUUUUCUUUGUAGCUGUAAUUUAGGAAAGGACUAAGUUCGUGUGUUUGCAAAAAGCGCAGUCGACAUCGCAAGGCUCAUCAAACGUGCUCUGGACGUUGAUGUGCCUUUGUGUACGUCAAAUUAAUUUUUUAUUUGCACAGCUGUCUUCCACCUGAGACGACUCAAACGUUUUGAAAAAAUCACAGUAAUGAUGCAAUAGAGCCAUAACAGGCCAGAGCCCCGAUUUUAAGUACUAGGCGACUUUGAAAGACGCGUGCAUCACAUAUUUGUGGCGGAUUAGAAUGCCGGCUUGGUUAGAGGCCCUUUGUUUAAAACAUGGCGGGAUACUCGCAGCUUAAGGCAAGCAUGUGCCUUGUAGCUGUCAACAUAAUACUUUUUAAUUACAUUCUGUCAUAGUUAACAAAACCCGAUCCAUGUUUUAUUGAAAGUAAUUGUACAAAUCUGGUACCAGACAAACCGCUUUUAAAAAACAAAACAACAAAACUGGUUUAUGGUUAUUUCUCAUUAAUUUCACUUAUCACAAAAAAUAUUUACUUUUAUCAGUUUUCCCGUUUCUUUCAAAACGUUCUUCAUUUCCGGGCGUUUCACUGUAGUCAAUGAAAGACACGUUUUAUCGGUCUUCUUUUACGCGGGAAUAUCAAAAUUUCCAUCUUUCAAAACGCGAUGAACCAAAGCUUGCAGGGUACCAAAGCGCCAAAGGCGCGCGAUGCAGUCCCGGUGUUUUGUGAGCACCCGUUAAGAAUAUUGAACGCCAAAACUAUCAAGUUUUGGUACAGCGAGAGGCAGCUAGUUUCUGUAUCCAAAGGUUAGUGCAUGGACAGGCUAUCGAAAGAAAAUAAAAGGGAUGCUUGCCCAAUGGAUAGUAGGCCUAACUACGCAAAUAAAUGUCUCAUUGCAUCCUUGUCUGCGAGGUUAGAACUAAAUUUACACUCUAGAAUACAUUACACAACCCAAUCCUCAACACUUUGCAAGUAGAAUUGGCGAUCAGUGUGGGUAAUUUAUAUUUCUAAGGGACGUCCGUCGCACAAAGGCUUAACGCGGGGGGGGUAGUCAAUGACUGACAUAAGAGUUUCCUCACAAUCAACCCAGUUAGAGCGCGAUAAUGUGCGCGUGAACUUUGCCUACAACUGGCAAUAAGCUGAAUAAACCGGAAGCUCAACACCAUGAAUAAGUUACUAAAUUAUAUCGCUCAGGUUUUUUUUUCUUUUUUUUCAAGUACCGGAGGGGUUUUUCGCGCAUUCUGUAGCGCAGUUUGGCAGUGAUAUACCGAGCAUCAGACAGGUAACGCGCCGAAGCCACCAUUUUACUCUUCUUCUACCAAACAGUUUUCCAGCAAUGGUGUUAGUACUGGUCCCGUUGCCGAAACCUUGCACGAGCAAGAUACGGUAAUCGAGAGUCGAGAAUCGAGAAUCGAUAUUGUACUCGGGACAAGAAAAGGUCGCCGUCCAAGGAACAACUGAUGCAAUGCAACAUCUUCAAGCUGCUGAGAAUAGCCAAUUCUGGAUUACAAGCAGUGAAGAAACUCCUGAGAAGCGUCCAAAUUAUAAAGGAACUUUGGAGGCCAGUCAGCCACGGUGAUUGUCGCAUCACGUUAAAACUAGAAUAAAUUUGUUAGCCUGGUCUUGUCUUUGCCACGAAUCACGUAAAACUAUAAAGAAGGUACCACUAUGAACUCUGGAAAAUGAAAAUUAAAUAAUACUGUGGUUGACGACUGACAGUUUAAAAGAGAGACAACCUUCACCUCAGAAUCUUGGGCGCGCCGCCUGUAAGCUCUCAGGUAGAGGGUAGCCCCGUAAUUAAUUUGGCCUAUUUCAAAAAUAAAUGACACUACAAAAAUUACCUACAAUAAUAAUUUGGAUAAAUGACCGACAUUUCAAAAGAGAGACUACCAUCACCUCAGAAUCUUGGUCGCGCCGCCUGUAAGCUCUGAGGGAGAGGGUAGCCCCAUAAUUUGGCCUAUUUCGAAACAAAGGACAGUACAAAGAUGACCUACAAUAAUAAUUUGGAUAAUGACCAAUAUUUCAAAAGAGAGACUACCAUCACCUCAGAAUCUUGGGCGCGCCGCCUGUAAGCUCUGAGGGAGAGGGUAGCCCCAUAAUUUGGCCUAUUUCAGAAACAAAUGACACUACAAAAAUCAUCUACAAAAGUAUUUGGAUUAUGACGGACAUUUCAAAAGAGAGACUACCUUCACCUCAGAAUCUUGGACGCGCCGCUUGUAAGCUCUGAGGGAGAGGGUAGCCCUAUAAUUUGGCCUAUUAAGUAAAAAACAAGUAACAAUACGAAGGUAACCCGUAAUAAUUAUUUUUGGAUUAUGAUUGACAUUUCAAGGAGGCUAAAAUGACUGAUAUAGAAACCAUACUGUAUCUGUGACGCUGAUUAUACAGAUCGCCCAAGCGAACGCGAAGAUGUUGAAGUGGAAGCUAGAAUAUCUGGAGUAAUCCAGCGUCUUGGGCUCCUGCCAGCGAAUAAGAAUUUUGGCGGAAUUUCGACAGUGCUUGGCGGGCUUUUUGGAGAGUGAUUUGUCACUGGAGGCACAUGGACGCUUACAUCGUCUUAAGCCAGAGAAAAAAGACUUGAAUCCUUCGCCGUUUGAUAAAAAAGGUCGUCCAUUGAAUCAGAUAAUCGGCUUUGCUGUUCCUCAAGGAGAUUUGAAGUAGAGCUCGCGCUCUCGCAUUCGUUUACACCGGCGACUAUAAAAUGUGCAUUGUUGACGGCUUUUCUCAAACGUUCAAAUAGAGAAGAUUUAAAAAUUUCUUUGGUCAGGGUCUUUUCCACGCAGAGUUCCUUCCAAACCAGAGAAAGAUGUGCCAGCAGAGAGUGUAUUCCUACAUGUGGCUCCACAGUAAAAAAUUGAUACGCCGACUCGCCGUUUUCGCUUCGAAGGUCACCAAUGUUGACACGGCAUACUACUCUUGAAAGAAGUUAAAUAAGCCAUGGGAACACUAUUUUCUUAAAAGAGAGCACUUGAAAAGCCUUUGAAAGCGUAUCAAGCCUAUUUGAAUCCAAAUGCGGCGAGAAAACUGUAGUUAUCAAUUGCGAAGCCAGCCGCGAAGGUCGACUUCGACCGUGAAAUGAAUUUAUAAUCCCAAAUAGUCUGAUCAAAUUUCGCGUUUCCUUGAGAUGUCUGGUUCAUUUAAUCAGAAGUACAAAGUUCCUUGACAGGCAACGUGUCCGGCGCUCUUCAAAGGUGUCUGGAGGAAUGCUUAAAACUAAUUACGAAAGUAACGCUUGUCUGUUAUUGGAAACCGAUCUGCGGUGGUUGCUGUGGAGAUUAGGCCUCCUCCUGCGCGUACUAAAAUCGGGGCUCUGGCCUGUUAUGCUAGUCAACUGUAUAGUUUUUUGGGAAGUUGUUGUAAGGAUAAAAUAGUCUGCUUUUCUUUGAAAGACUUCAGACAACAGUCUCCUACACGAGCGCGGAGCGGUUUUCAGCACGGUCAAUAUCAAUUACUAUUAAAUCUGUAUAUAUUCGAAGUAAUAAAAAAAGAGAACUUGUAAACUUGUAUAGGGAAGAUUUUCAAAGCAUUCUUCGAAAACAAAGGCCGUUUCCUUUUUUUGCGAAUGUAAUUCCACCAAGGUCAUGGGUCGCGGACCAAGGACUUAAACCAAGGAAUUAAACUAUCAAGGUUCAAUAGAAACGGUGGAGUCCUUCCUCACACAAAGCCUGUGGUAUAAUUCUUUGAUUAGAGUUAUGGACAAACUGGUCUUCUAUAAAAGUUGGUAUCAAAUGGGCAUUUCUCAGGUGAAUCAAAUCGUUAAGGAAAAACCAAGUACUUUUUUCUUGUCACCAACAGAAUUUGAAAAAAAAGUAUCAGACAAAGGUUUGCCCUUUGACAUUCUAUGGAAUGACAUCUACCCUCCGAGAGCUCUGGAAAAAUCAAAAAACUACCAAAUGUACCACUAAACUGUAAAGAACAAGAGUCUUUCACAACCGCCUUUUUAAAAUCGAAAAAGCCCAGCAGACUAGCUUAUCAAAAACUGGUGGAAUUAAAAUGUAACUAUAAAAUUUCUAGUCAGGAGAAAUGGAGCAAAGUUUUCCCAGAAGCUCGUGAUUUAAUCUGGCAAAACUCAUAUAUGACCGCUUUUAAAUGUACCAAAAGCACCAAACUGACUGAAUUUCAGUUUAGAUUCCUUCAUCAAACUUUGGCAACAAACGUAUCUUUAGUCAAAAUGGGAUACAAAGAUGACAUUAGAUGUUCACUUUGCCAUGAAGAAGCGGAAAACUCUGGUUCUGCAGCAAAAUAGAACUUUUCUGGAAACACCUUAUUGCCUUUCUAACGGAUCGCAAACUUUUAUCCAACGACUAUCUCCUUAACAGUCUUGUCGUCUUGGGUCCGAUGCCUGAUACUUCCAAAAACAAAGCCGCAGUUAACUUCGUUCUGUUACUUGCGAGAUUCUACAUUUGGCUUUGCAGAAGCAAAAGAAAUAUUCCAACUAUUGAAAAUUUUAAGCCUUUUUUAAAACAACAUAAUAAAGAAAUUGAACCUUUCCCUCUUUAGUAAUCUUUUAUCAGUUUGGGGUCUCUCGCUCUUUUUACACUUUCCUUCCUGCCAGACAUUUCCUUCCUAUUUUCUUCGCUUCAACAUUCAAAGCAUAUAAAGCUAAUUUUCAGUGAAUCAGCAGAGAAAAUAUCUUUAAUCUCUUUUUUCUCCUUUGAGUUAAAACUACAGUUAACUAAAAUUUACCAUACUUUCCCGCCCCCUUUAUUUUCUGGUUUUUGUAGCGUAUGUAAUCCGUAUUGUAAGUAGUGCAAGUAGCUGUUAUAUAUAUGUAAAGCGUGGAGUAUAGCACUGUUACCAGUGUACGUAUCUCAUUGUAAGUAAGUAUUGCAAGUUUUGUAUCGUAAGUAGAGUAUAGUAUUGUUCGUAGCGUAAGUAUCUCACAUUGUAAAUAAGUAUUGUUUUGCAAGUAGAGUAUAGUUUUGUUAGUAGCUUAAGUAACAUACAUUGUUUGUAAGUAAGUAUUGUAAGUAAGUACUUUGUAAUUUCAAGUGUUUUAAAUAAAUUAAAUUGAAUUUAAAAAAUACAUAUCACUGAGCACUACAGCAGGAAUACAAAUAUUUUCCAGCUUUGUAGCUUGAUCUUUCAUAAGAUUUACCAGGGGCGAAACAACAACAAUAAUGUCCAGGAGUUCCAAGCAGUGUCGCAAACAAGCGGCAAAGCUUGAUAGAUAAGGGAUUUACCAAAUCCCGUCGGCAAAUUUAUGAACUCAUCGGUCUUCUCUAUAAAAUUUGCAGGAUAGCGUCUCUCUGAUACUUGUUUAACUCUGCAUUCAUUACAAAUUUCUCGCACACCCGAUCAAAAGCCUCACUGAUCGGUGAACGUAAAUGUCGGCUGUGUUUAGCAGACGUCCGUGGGGGAGAAAUGAACGCGUGACGAACAAACCCCAAAAGACGUCUGAGGGGAGGCUACUUGACACCAAGAGGCCUAUGAAACCAUGAAACCUCUGACACCAUGAACCCCAUGAAACCACGAGACCUUUGACACCAUAAAACCUACGAAACCAAGAAAUCAUUGACACCACGAAACCUAUGAAACCAUGAGACCCUUCACACCACGAAACCUAUGAAAUCAUGAAACCAUUGACACCACGAAACCUAUGAAACCAAAAACAUGAGAAAAUGAAACCAUCUACAUCACGAAACCUAUGAAACCAUGAAACCAUUGACACCACGAAACCUAAAAAACCACGAAACCAUGGACACCACGAAACCUAUGAAACCAUGAAACCAUAGAAACCACGAAACCUAGGAAACCAUGAAACACAUGAAACUAUGAAACCAUUGACACCAGGUAACCUAUGAAACCACGAAACCUAUGGAACCAUGAAACCAUUGACACCACGAAACCUAUGAAACCAUGAAACCAUUGACACCACGAAACCUAUGAAACCAUGAAACCAUUGACACCACGAAACCUAUGAAACCACGAAACCAUCGACACCACGAAACCAUUGACACCACGAAACCUAUGAAACCAUGAAACCAUUGACACCACGAAACCUAUGAAACCAUGAAACCCUUGACACCACGAAACCUACGAAACCAUGAAACCAUAGAAACCAAGAAACCUAUGAAACCACGAAACACAUGAAACUAUGAAACCAUUGACACCAGGAAACCUAUGAAACCACGAAACCUAUGAAACCAUGAAACCAUUGACACCACGAAACCUAUGAAACCAUGAAACCAUUGGCACCAGGAAACCUAUGAAACCACGAAACCUAUGAAACCAUGAAACCAUGGACACCACGAAACCUAUGAAACCAUGAAACCAGUGACACCACGAAAUCUAUGAAACCAUGAAACCAUUGACACCACGAAACCUAUGAAACAAUGAAACCAUUGACACCACAAAACCUAAGAAACCAUGAAACCAUUGACACCACGAAACCUAUGAAACCAUGAAACCAUUGACACCACGAAACCUAUGAAACCAUGAAACCAUUGACACCACGAAACCUAUGAAACCAUGAAACCAUGGACACCACGAAACCUAUGAAACCAUGAAACCAUGGACACCACGAAACUUAUGAAACCAUGUAUCCAUUGACACCACCAAACACAUUAAACCAUUGACGCCAGGAAACCUAUGAAACCAUGAAACCCUUGACACCACGAAACCUAUGAAACCAUGAAACCAUUGACACCACGAAACCUAUGAAACCAUGAAACCAUUGACACCACGAAACCCAAGAAACCAUGAAGCCAUUGACACCACGAAACCUAUGAAACCAUGAAACUAUUGACACCACGGGACCUAUGAAACCAUGAAACUAUUGACACCACGAAACCUAUGAAACCAUGAAACCAUGGACACCACGAAACCUAUGAAACCAUGAAACCAUUGACACCACGAAACCUAUGAAACCAUGAAACUAUUGACACCACGGGACCUAUGAAACCAUGAAACUAUUGACACCAGGAAACCUAUGAAACCAUGAAACCAUGGACACCACGAAACCUAUGAAACCAUGAAACCAUUGACACCACGAAACUUAUGAAACCAUGAAACCAUUGACACUACGAAACCUAUGAAACCAUGUAUCCAUUGACACCACCAAACACGUGAAACCAUUGACGCCAGGAAACCUAUGAAACCAUGAAACCAUGGACACGACGAAACCUAUGAAACCAUGAAACCACUGACACCACGAAACCUAAGAAACCAUGAAACCAUUGACACCACGAAACCUAAAAACCCAUGAAACCAUUGACACCACGAAACCCAUGAAACUAUGAAACCAUUGACACCACGAAACCUAUGAAACCAUGAAACUAUUGACACCACUAAACCUAUGAAACCACGAAACACAUGAAACUAUGAAACCACUGACACCACGAGACCUAUGAAACCAUGACUCCAUGAUACUAUCAUUAUAUGUCAUAGACAUUGGCAUAUACUAAUUAGCAUAAAUUCGUGCACCGUAACACCAAGUAAUAACAGGGUGUCCGGUCGUUUCACUGCUUCAUGAAGUUGAUUCGCUGCAAAGCGUUUUUUGUUUCACCGCAUCAUGAAAUAGAUCCCUUUCAUAAUAAUAGCUGAGUUGCUUGAAAGUAAAAGGGAAAGGAAUUAACCACUUGUUUCAGCAGCCGAAUCGUGGGGAAGGAACGCAUAACGAAGCCCUAAGAACUUCUGCAUGUGGGGCUAGGAGGGUGGUAGAACAAGAUUUUUGUAGGAAUUUCUAGCCAAAGUUACUUAUUUUCUCUGGCCUGUUUGACUGAAUGUCAUUGUUUCACUUCCCUCUGUGCAAGUUAGGUGUCAAAGGUGCUAUUGUAGGGAUAUAGCCAAUAACAUCACAGCUUAACUGACAGAUGACCUAUAACAACGCAACUUGAUUGACCAAUCAGGUAAAUAGCCAGAGUUUAUGACCAAUCAACUGACGCGAUACAACUCACUUUGACUCUCAAAAUGUCUACCGCACAGGUUGUUGAAACAUCAGUCACUGUCAGGAUUAUGCUCAGCCAGACAGUCAUGCUUCACUUACUUAUGAAAUGACUCCUGGGUUCAAAUCUUUCAAAUUGUCAGGGGCCUGUUUGUUUGAGGUGUGAAUUUAACGUAAAUAAUUUACAAUACAUGACAUUUACUGAAAUAUAUUUGACUGAACUGUUCUCAGCUUUUUGAGGACUAUCACAUUAUUAAAAGACCAGAAUUAGAGGAAACACCAGAAAAGACUGCUGAGUCAGUGGAUAUUGACAGAGUAUUAGAUGAUGAACCAAAGGUAAGGUCCAACAUUUGCAGUAAUAAUAACAAGUAACUUUGCUUCCCCCUUAUUUAGCCUAGGCAGGUAUGUCCUGCUGACCAGAUGGUAUUUUUAAUACAUGUCAGUUGGUGAAAAAUACUUUUCAUAAUUAUAGUGUAAUAUAGCUGAACUGACAGGAUUUAGAGUGCGUCAGACCAUCCAAUUUUUCUUUAGUACAUGUAAUGAUUUUCACUUAAUUUUUUUUCAGAUUGAGUGGUUUACGCAACAGAAAGAGAAAAGUUAUCAACUUUUGUCUCCAAGAUUUAAUGAUCUUUUGUUUGAGGAACAAUGGUACCUCGUAAGUCACUCACUUUUCUGUUUAUUUUCAGCUCUUGUAAAGAAAGUAAGAUAUUUCAUUGAUUUAUUACAGCCCAAAUUAGCCAUCAUCUGGGUAACAAAACUGAAGCCGACGGUUCACUUAUUUUACAUCCCUGGGCAAAAAUUGUUCAAGCAAAGUGAAUAGGCUUUGCAAUUGAACAGCUCAAAAUCAGCUAUUUGUUUUUUCUCAAAGGCAUGAUUUUUUCCCUUUUAUAGACAAGACCACAGAAUCCUACUUUCAACAUCACUUCUGUCUGGCCCGCAUACACAGGAAGAGGAAUGUUGGUGGCAGUAGUUGAUAAUGGAGUUGAUGGAAAUCAUCCUGAACUUUCUUCAAACUAUGUAAUGAUUUCAAUAUUAUUUUUAUAUUUACUCUAGUUUAGAAAGUUCAUAGUAACUUUUCUUUGUCAUCAUUAAAAUUGAUGAUUGAUGUCACGUCCCAGUGAAACUGAAACACGUGUUUAUGUUUUGUUUUUACACUUUACAGUAAACACCCGCAUUUAUAUAAGAACACACGAUUUCGGGGUUCAGGCUGAUCUAGUAGUAGUAUAGGAGGAAUGUUUUACUCCACUUUUUUGAAGUGGAAUCUCAUUAGUUUGAUGUGGCAUAAAUUAACGCCAAUGACGUCAUACAUCUCAUUAACAUAGGAUGAUGUCAUAGUUAAUUUAAGUUGGCUAUGAGCAAGUGACGGUUUUUUACGCUGGAAUUUCAUUAACUUGCGCAGGAAUGCUUUAACGCCUAUGACGUCAUAGCCUUUUGUCUUUAUCUCAUGAAUAAAAUGCGCAGGAAUCUCAGAAAGAUAAGGUCAUGUGCCAUUUAUAGAUGGAUGAUGUCAUUGCCUUUUGUCUUCAUCUCAUGAGUUAAAUACACUGGAAUCUCCUUAUUUUCCCUUCUGUGAAAGGGGGAAUUUCAUAUAUCCCAGGAUGCAUCGCUUUAUACUAUAUUAUCAAGAUUCCGAACGCACGUGAUCCUAUCAGUUCAACAGGGACGUGACAGUUGAACAACGGUGGAAAGCGACUUGUUUUGCCGAUAAAACCUUCCGUACCUUUGCUGUGUCGAUCUAUUUACGAUUUUCGUUUUACUGUUCCAAAUAUAUCUCUUGUUAAGUCAAAGUAACUAGCCUUACGAUAGCAAGGCAGUCCACGCAAAUGUUUUUAGAAGUAGAAGCUUAGUAGCAAGGAAGGUCUUUGCUUCAGUACGUCCUGUUUUAACGUGCGUUGAUAAAGCUUUCCAUGGAUUAACAAACGAUUUCCACGUACUUGUCUUGAAAUAAAUACAUAUUCUAGGUGUGAGAUUUCUCUUCGUUGCUUGUUUGUGAUCGUGGUGCUCAUAUUGUCAGUUCAAUAAUUCAUCCAUGCAGAACAUUAACCGUACGCGGUACGGUGACCGUACAUGCUUUUACUUCAACAAGCUCGGCUUAUGCAGUCGAAAAUACCGAGACCGUUAAAGUACAAAGUGACCUCUGUCGCCAACAAACAGUAAAAAUAACAAAGACAUCUCUAUAUUUUUCGCAACGCAACGCCAGCUAAGGAUCAUUGUCAAACGUAAACAGAAAAAAGCCUUAUUAAGAAGUGGCAGAAUACAUAUACAAAAACACCCACUUCUUCACUACAAUGGAUCCUAAAGGAAUUAUCAAACUGUCUUUAAAGGUUUAUAUGCCGGUUGAGGUCCUACGGCAUGCUAUUCCAUGACAUUUGCUGGCCUGAAUAUUUCAAGUUCGCCACGCGCUGUUGCGACCGGAAGCCACCAUAAAAAACCAAUUUUACCUAAAAUAAUGAGACAGACCCUUCUCCCAUAGUAGAAACCCCAUCACAACAAGGCCCGAAGCGCAAAAGGCGUCGGAUUCAAUUUGUACAUUAUUUGGAUGAUCAUAAAGCUCAUGGCAAACAGCUGAGGAAACGUUGGCAUAAGAAAUUCAAACCUUACACGUACUCCAUGGGCGAAGAAGAUGAAGAUUAAUUAAAUUCCAUCCGCUUGAAAUCGCUGUGUAGUUGACUCUUUUUGUCAUUGGUUUUUAAUAAAGUUUUUAAAACGGUAUCUCUUGUCUUGUCAAUUUAUUUGUCGCGUGUUUUAAUUGAUCCAUGAUAAGUUAUUUUAAAUUGUUUUUAUACUAAUAACAAGGUCACGGUUUUCCCAUGGGGUUUUUCCUUGUAGAACUAAUUUGUAUUCAACUUUGGGCUUGUGAACUCGCAUAAUUAACUGAAUAACCGUAACUCCAUAUUGUAAAAGUGUUUUGGUGAUAUAUCCGAUUUUUUUAGCGCUAAAUAAGAUAUAGUAAGCCGUUCCUCGCGUUGCUAGGCGAUCGCUUUCUUACCCCAUUUCUCUUUUAAUAGACGUUUAAACCGGGCUCAAGUUACUUACCGGGCAAGUCUAGGCAAGCCUAUUGUUUCUAUUGUAUGAGAAAUACACAGAAGGGAAAAUAAUGAGUUUCCUGCGUAUUUUACUCAUGAGAUAAAGACAAAAGGCAAUGACAUCAUCCAUUUAAAAAUAGCACGUGACCUUAUCUUUAUGAGAUUCCUGCGCAUUUUAUUCAUGAGAUAAAGACAAAAGGUUAUGACAUCAUUGGCAUUAAUGUAUUCCUGCGCAAGGUAAUGAAAUUCCUGCGCAAAAAACCGUCACUUGCUCAUAGCCAACUUAAAAUAUACUAUGACAUCAUCGUAUCCUAAUGAGGCGUAUGACGUCAUUGGCAUUAAUUUAUGCGCCUUCAAACUAAUGAGAUUCCACUUCAAAAAAGUGGAGUAAAACAUCCCUCCUAUACUACUUCUUGUUCUUAUUUAUUGGGCGCUUAGUAAGAAAACAGCAUGAAGAUGUUCUUAAUGUUUCCUUAAACUUUGUCUCAGAAAUACAACACAUAAGAUGUUACCAGUUUUUUUUGUUAGCAUAUUUUAUUAUAAAUAAAUAAGCAAGUAAGUAAACAAAAAUCCUAAAGACAACCCGACUGUUAUAAUUGUAACCAUAGUUAUAUAAGAACAUGUUUUGUUUAUCAAGCUAAACUGGUUCUUCUAUAUGGUGCUUUAUGGGCCAAAUUUCAUCCUGAUGUUCUUAAUUCAUUUGUUCUUAUACGCGGGCGGCGGGUGUUUACUGUACUUCAUAUGCAAACUGCUACGCACAGAUUCCAUGUUGAAGGACUUGAAGUAUAUACGAAGAAUUAUUAUAAAAUAACUAAGAUAGUACGCGCUCUGAUUAGCCGAGAGGAGUGUUUGCAUGAGAGUAUGUAAACAUGGUUGUGGCGUCAAGAUGUUUUGCUUUUCACGUGCUAAUCACCCAAGCACAAAUUUGAAAAAAUUUUCAAGUUCAAAACUCGACAAGUUUACUUUAUUUACCCAUUCCUUCGUCGGCUGAAACUUUGAAAUCGUUACAAAGAAGGUGUGUCAAUUUUUUUUCUCUUAAGCUGACAUUUUAAGCGAGAAAAAUCCGUAUUUUCGAAAGAAUCUUUUUGCAAAACAAGAACUGAUUACGAGAGCAAGACUUCGUGUAUAGAGUGUUUUCACAUGACGUCACGGCGUCCAUAUUGGUGUCCCAAAACAAUGAAACGGUGGCCAUGUUGGUGUCCCAAACCAGUCUUGUGGGAGUUGAACUCUUUUCUUAUGUAAACGCUUUCUUUUGUUCCAAUAAAUUUGCAUAUAUCCUGGCCACGUGAGUGAAAACACUCUAUAAGACUUUGCGACUGGUAAGAAUUUCUCUUUUAAUCAGUACCAUAACAAAGAGUUUGCGUUUUUUCUCGGGAAAGUUAUUUUAUAAAAGCAAUCGAAAACUUUUUUCCUGUGUUUGCAUAGCCUGAUAUGAACACUCGAGGGAUUGGGAGAAUUCUCGACAGUUACGCAAAGCCUCGACUUCGUCUCGGGUUUGCAUGACUGUCUUGAAUUCUCCCAACCCCUCUCGUGUCUAUAUCAGGCUAUGCUGACACGGAAAACAUUUUCUAUGGCUUAACUAUGGGGCUUUCAUCCAGGCCUGGGGGCUUUGAUUUGGGCGAUCCCGCAGCUAUUUGAAAAAGUGUCUUUGAUUAGCUGGGAAAACAAUAGGGAUUGUCACACAACAAUGCCCCUAUCCCUGAAAAGGGGACCAGUAAAAUAAGAGGUUAAGAACGGUGCAGGUGCCCGUUUCUCGAAAGUCCCGAUAAUUAACGGGCCCGGUAAGCUGUCUCCGUUUACAGUAAAGAUCGAGGUUUCAAUAGUUUUGCAUCUAACAUGAUCAAACUGUCAGUUAAUGAAACUAAAUGGAGUAGUUUUGCUAGCCAGGACCCGCGCUCUUAUUCUUUAUAUUUCGAUUUGAAUAUUUGAUUUCGGGUCCGUAAAGUUACCGGGACUUUCGAGAAACGGGCCCCAGGUCUACUGUGGGAUUUCUCAGGGCUAUUAAGAUUUGAAGCCAGGCCACUUAAAAAGCAAUACACCGACCUUAUCUGGAAAGUUGAAAUCUCAGGGUUUUUUCUAUUUUUAUUCCCCUGCCCUCUUCAAAAUAGUGAGAGCCAAGAUCAACGUAUCAGAUUUUGGUUUUAUAUGCCGCUGCAAUUUAUAGCAAGAAAAUCAUUCACGUUUUGAUUGAUUUGUUCAGUCACUCUAUAGAGUAUUUAAAAGUGCCUGCAACUCGGUCUGAUUAAUAGCUGACCAAAGGUGCUACUACUUUGCAAUUCUAUCAAUCAGAGUCAAAUUUCUAAGUAAACAUAUUAUUCAUGAUGUCAAUAUUCUUGUAUUCAUAUUUUUAACCGCGGUAAGACUAUCUCUGUCGAUGGAGCGCUUGACUGCAAAACUGAGUAAUGAAGGUAUAUAGACUAACCAUACGCUUAGACCUUCGCGUGGCUUGGAUGACCAUGUAAAAUGGCAGGUUUUUCGCUCUCACUACAUCUAAGGCUGCAUGCAAAUGGCGCAACAACUCCCAACAUUGUUGCGCCAACAAUGUUGGGAGUUGUUGCGUGCGUGUUGGCAGUGGUGUGCAAACAGAUGCAACAACUCCCAACAAGUUUGGGACCUGCAGUGCAUCGUGAGAAGAAUACAACCCAUGGGUCUUUGUAAUCCAUGCGUAAUGAGCAUGCGUGGCCCCUACAUUGUUGGAAGAACUGUGCAAAGGGAUCCAACAUUGUUGCGCUACGCUUCGGUGAUCACAGAACAAAAGAAAUGUUGCGAGUUGUUGGCCGAAAAGUUUGACCGGUUUCAAACUUUGCGCAACAACACGCAACAACAUCCAAUAACAUGCAACAGGUUGUGCAAACGGACGCAACAUGUAACGAGGUGCCAAUCGGGAGGGGGAAACAUUAAUGUUAAAGGCCGGGGCGGGGGGGGGGGGUAUGUCAUACUGUAUCAGGUUCUUAUUUCAUACAGGAACAUCAUUCGUUCAUUUAGAAUGUUUGAUGGAAUAUUUAGGUUCCAUUUUGUAUAAACUUAUGGCACUAUAUUUAUACUUUUUCUUUUCAAGAAUUCUGCAGUAAGUCAUGAUUAUGUGGACAAUGAUCCAAUACCAGUUCCAAAGCAUGGCACAGUUUCAGGGUAUGUCUGCAUUUAUAUGGCUGUUUUAUAUGUAUUCUUUCGUAGACAAAGGGGUGCUUUUAAGGGUUUGAAACCCUCUGAUUAGGAAGAACAAGAAAACUAUCUUAAAGCGUUCAAUCAAGCUUGCUUAGAGGUUAGAUAAGAAAUGAGGAGGCGAUCAAUUCAUAAGGAGCCUGUUUGUGGUUAAUUUAUAAAGCAAUAGAAAACGUUUUUCCUGUAAUUGCAUAGCCUCAGAUAAAAACACUGAAGGGGUUGGGAGAAUUCUUGAUAUGACAGAUUCGAAGAAUUAGUUUGCUUCGUGCGGCCGUGAGAGAUUUAAGAUGUACUUUGUAGAAAAUUAAUGAAGAAAUUUCUUUUUCUACUCGAAGGGCCCGUUUCUCGAAAGUCCCGGGUCCAAAAUCAAAUGUUCAAAUCAAAUAAAUAAAAUGGCGCGGAUCCUAGCUUACAAGCAAUUUUAUUUUGUUUUGUUAAUCAAUAGUUUUAUUGUGUUAUCCGAAAAACUAUUGAAACAUUUAUCUGGAAUAAUAGCAACGACUUUCCGGGACCGUUAAUUACGGAGACUUUCGAGAAACGGGCCCGAGACCAUGUUCGAAAAUGUCGGUUUUCGAUCCCGGCGUUCACGCGUGCAUGGAAGCCGUAAACGUACACGUUUACUCGGAUUCGUGUGAAGAUAAUUUCUCCUGAAUUUUCCCUAGACAUGGUAACAACUGUGCUGGAGUUAUAGCCGGAGUGGCUAAUAACAGUUUGUGUGGCGUAGGAAUUGCAUACAACGCCCAAAUUGCAGGUACAUGUAGCUUGAUGUGAUUGCCUUCUUCACUGACAGUUUCACCAAAGAGGUCUAAGAGCUUUAAUGUACACUGAGACAGUUUAGAAGGGUAUGAGUGUUUGUUAGAAGAAUCUUUUAUUUUGUCAGGAAAGAUAUCUUACGUUUGGGAAAGUCAGAGAACACAGUCUCUUCUCUUAGUCGUUCCAAACAAAGACACGUAUAGCGUGCAUGCGCUAUUUUGGAUGGUUCGCUAUAACUGUAGCAGGAAUUGUCCCUUUGAACCCUUAUUUUAGACAGGUUCAUUGCUGCCGCGCGAGCGAGCCUGAAGUGAGCGAGCAAUAUGAUAAGGUAUUGUUGCUCUUUUAAUACACGAUACACGAUAUUCAACUAUAGUAAUAGUUGGCACUACAGUUGCCCCCGUUCUGUAUAUUCUCGGUCAAUAGUAUUCUUGCUCGUUGUGUAGCUCUUUGAAAUAUACCGAUUCAUAAUGAAGAUUUUAACACAUAUUCCAUACAAUAGGUGAGAUAAAUACAGGAAAUGCAAGGUUCCAUGCACAGUUUCAGCUCGAUUUACACAGCUUGGAUCAAAACAUUCUCAGUUUCGAUAUAUUUUAUUCUAAACCAUAAGAAAAUAUUUAAUUAGAAGUUGAAUUUUUCGCUUUUUCUCUUUCACUUUUUACAUUCAGUUCAUUUUAUUUGCCGGAAAGUAAGCCUUAGAAAUUAAAAGGACGUUUGACUGAUUCACGCUCGCGCAUUCUAGUCUUAUUUGAAACUUUAUAACGAAAGGACAUCUGUGAGCAGGGAAUAAGUCAGCACAGAAUUUGAUUGUCGGCGAAUUUCUGUAAUCGUUCAUCGUUCUGUUAGUGAUAAGCUAGCCGUUGUACACUCGUUUAGCUUGUUUAGGGCUGAGUCUUAUUCCGGUCAAAGAGAGAGAAAGAGUGUCUGGCAAAGUUUCCAAUAUAAAUCAAAGAUUUGUGAUUUGUCUGGUAAACUCCCCAAGUGUUUAUAUAUACACGAUUAAACGCACCUUAUAACCUCAUCUGCGCUUAACGAGUGUCUUUUGGUCCAUAAGUUUCAAAACAACUGCUCCACAGAAUGUCACUGCGUAACGCAAAAGAGUAUCGAAGUAUGACUGUUCAAUAAAUGUCACAAAAUCUACCUGAGCGGUCCCUUCGGGAUUUUCUGUCUUUACGUCAUCCUAACCAUUUCGUACUUGCGGGCGCAAACAAUAGAAACGUCAUCAUUACCUACCGAUUCCUCGCGGCCCCUGUUCAAGCAAAUCGAGAUUUUUUCUAUCACAUUGACUUCAUGACUGUAUAUUUCAACUGUAAGUACUUUCCUUAAUAUACGCGCGAGUUACUACAGUGCCUCCUCGGGAUUUCGCCUUCUGGGCGAAAUCCCUGCGGGGGCAAAAAAUAGAAAAAUAACAGUAGAUUCACCUAGCAUUCCGACAACUUUGGGUAAGUGCGUACCGCCCAUGGUCUUAAGCCCAGACACUAUUUAAGGAUGAGAAAAACGAACAUUUACACCCUAUUCAAGGGAGAAACAAAACUAAGAAAUUCAUGGUAACACACAAACCUUCAUUAAAUUGCCUCCCUACUACUCUAAGGGAUAGUUCAGUUUUAAAAGAUAGUUUGUUGCUCUCCUACUUGGGCGUUAGCACCUGAAUUUUGGUUGAUAUAAUAACGGUACCGUAUGUAAGGAUCACAACAGAAACACAUCGCUAUCAAGGGCAAAAACGAUACCCUAGUUAAGGGUGGAGAACCCUAUCGGGCAGGACAUGCCUAUCUAUUUCACAUAUGGGAGUACCCCCGAAGGGGGGACAUGACAUGUGUCGAAGUAUGGAAUCACCUAAUGAACGGGUUUCCAAGUCCCUACUAAAAUAGUGGUUGGAAAUGAGGGACGUAGGUUGUGUGAGAGGAGAGAUUUUAUAACCGUAAAUUGAAAAUAAAAUUAAAGUAUUGCUCAAACAUUAGUGGUUAGAUGUCGAGUUUGAGGUUAGAACCAGCAUCGCUAUUGAGAGACCAGCAAACUGUUAUGCAAUCACGUCAAUCUCAAUUAUACAGUGCCAAAAUAAGAUACAAAUGAUUGAAGGCCGGUUAUUCUUCACAUUGUUUGUGCACCUUUCUUAUUCUCCAGGUAUUCGCCUUUUUGAUGACCAAGUCCGGUCUACCGAUGCAGGACGAGCAUCUGCCCUGUCCCAUGAACUGGACAAAAUUGACAUAUAUUCAAACAGUUGGGGACCUGGGGACAACGCUGUGGAAGUUGAGGGCCCUGAAACCCUUACGGAAAGAGCUAUCGAGCUUGGUAUAAAGCAGGUGAUACAUAGAUUUAGCCAAGGCCAAAAGCAGAGCUCUCGAGGGAUACUUUAUAAAAUGUCUUUCUCAAUUCAUUCAACUUUUGCCGUUUACUGAAAGCAAACUGAAUUCCGCGCGCGCGUGGAGCUCCGCUGUGAACAAUAUAAUGCAAUCAGCCAAAUUCAGCCGAACGGCUAUGUUAUGUCUACUGACCUGAACAAGCUAACUGGGACAGGGUUUUAUUUUCAGCCAGCAAAAUCCUACCAGGUUUUUGCAAAGCAAUGGUUGGUGGGUAGCUAACCGGGCAGCUGGGCUCCUAUUGCUCAUGGGUGCGUAAAGGGUCACGUCAUCCGUUGGAUGUUUUCAGUCACUAGCACUAAAAGUCAUUGUGCAACUGAAAUAGAUUAUGCCUUGUUUGUAUUUCAGGGUCGUAGGGGCAAGGGUGCUAUCUACACCUUUGCAACUGGAAAUGGCGGCUUAAUUGGUGACAGCUGUGCCUAUAAUGGUUAUGUCAAUAGUAUUUUUACUAUUGCAAUCAGUGGUGUGAACCUGGAUGACUCAAGACCGGUUUAUGCGGAAGCCUGUGCCAGUAUAAUGGCGUCUGCUUACAGCAGGGACCCAUUCAAAGGAGUAGGGAAAGUUGUAAGUGAAGUAGUCAAAUUACUUGGAUAUGGUUUGCUGUUUGCACUUCUACCUCAAAAGCGGAGCCUCGUCAUAAGAGCACCCUUUUAAAGAUAUUCAGUACAACCAUGUGUUUUUCGGGACAAAAGUCUUUCCCUAUUCUACAACUUCGUUAAUAUGACAACGAACAGCUUUUUGAGCCCCCGUGUUCACAAUUUUUACGUCUGUUACUGUUGGUUCGACCAGUCGAAUGCCCGGUAGGAGUGGUUCGCUGAAGUGAGAAAAGCAAUUCAAUCAAUGCGACAAACCGUGACGGUUUUUGUCGAAAGUUGUUGAAAGCAUUCAAGUGAUGCGUGAUAUCUUGCAGACUGAUAGUGCAAUAAAAACAUUUUUUACGGUAUCUUGUUGUCUAUAAGGUAUAGGGAUAUGACUUUAACCCAACAAUAUGACAAGCGAUGGUUGUACUGGCGUGAUUCCACUAGGCCUUUCUUUCUUUUCUACUGGCAUUUGUAAGUUGUAAAUAGGACGUGUGAGCAGGUAUGCUCACCAAUCCUUAAUUUCCGAUUCCGCGACUCGGCUGAGAACCGUUAUCGACCAUUCCUUCAACCCCUGUACAUUCCAUAGUUGAAGCUGUCUAGUUUCAACCCCAGGUAGAGCACUUCCACACCUUAUAACUAGCUAUAACUGGUGUCAUGACGAGCGAGCAGACCACACUGGACAUAAUUACACGUAAGGAAAUGCAAUGAGCCUUAUAAUAUAUGGGCCAGGGGCUUGUUUUUAGAAAGUCCUGUUGCGUUUGCCGUACUUACAUUCAAGUUCAAAGUUUUAAUAAUUUUGACAAUGAUACAAUGAAACUAUUUGUUAACAACAACAGGUCUAGAUUUUAAAAUUUGCCUUUGGGCCCGAAAACUUUCCGGACCUUUCGAGAAACAGGCCCCCAGGCCCGUAAGGGCACUCCAGGGAGGUCUGGGUAGAGUGUCCUUUCAAAAUCUCUGAUCCUUACCACAAAAGUAGAUCGUUCAUCGCCAACCUUCAUAAACAGUUCAAUUGCAUACCUUGUUUAAGACUCGACCCCGAAAACCAUAACUUUUUCAGCGGCACAUACCCGUUUAGGCCCUUUAAGGGAAUACCCCACCCCCACCCCCACCCCCUCAACCCCCUUAGACCUUUUCUUUUUUGUGGAGAUUAGCAUCAUGUUAUUACUCAGGGAACAGUCUAGACAUAUUUUUGUUAGCUAAAUUACUAUCCUAUUCCUCAGAUUACAGCUGAUCAGAAAUCAGGAUGCACUGAAAAUUUCGGAGCAACAUCAGCGGCUACAGCGAUGGCUUCAGGUCUUAUUGCAUUGACACUAGAAGCAAAGUAAGUCUUAAUGCUUUUAAUGUUGUUUGAUCUUCUGUCGUGUAACAUUAUAGGCUCAUAGUAAGAAAAGUGGAUCUACAAGGACCCCCGGGGUUACCCCUAUAGUGGCCUAUGCUCCGCCUGAAAGGAGUAACUUUUUGAGGUUUUAAGUUAGGUAUAUUAAAGGGUAGGGAUUUAACUAGUCGACUUACAAAAAAGUAGGGAAAUCUGUCAUUUCGGUCUGUAAAAAGGUCCGAAAAGGCUUACAGAUACAUUUUAUGGCUGUGAAAAAGUCGAGAACACGUAUGGUUUUUAAGAUUUAUUCAUGUUUUAAGCUGGCUGAACACAGUUUUGCAGUUUGUGGGUACAUGUCAUUUGCCAAAUCAUGGCAAGAGAAUGGGUGCAGUUCACAAGCUGAAACUUGGCAAGUGAAAAAUAUACUGAUGAAAGAUUUUGAUUGACAGGUAAAAUGUGACGUUUUCGUAGUUUCCAUGGCAACAUGAACGAUUGAAUACAACCUUAAAAUUUCACUUUUGCUCAGUAUACAGAAAAUUGGCUCGUUAGAUUUUCCUAUAAACUUGCACACAGUUUACUAUAAAUAAUCAUUACCAUUUGAAACUUAUUUGAUUAAACUUUAACCGACGGCUUUUUAGAUAAUCAAUAAUAUAAUUGUACUGUAAUUAUUAAAUGUGUCACAAAAUUCGUCUGUUCAACUUCCAUUUUAAAGUUCUCAUUAUUUAAAAUACGAUAAAAGUAAAAAUUCUGCCAAGUAUCACAAAAUGUUAAUGAGUAGAUUUUGAGAAAUCGUUUUCUGUGUACCCUUGCUUUUCUGCGGCCAUGUUUGUUUGUCUAAUUUAACACACGCGCCGUCACGCGAGUUACCGCUGACCCCCCGCAAAACUGUGUUCAGCCACCUUAAAGACAGUGUCAGCAGUUAAGAGUGAUGCAAAGGCCUAAACUACGUAUCUGAAAGAGGUACCAUUUGUCAAUAGAGAGUAGUCAAAAAUGGUUUAUAAAAGGGUACUACGAGGUUGGACUCUAGCGGAGCCUUCCCGCAAAAAACUUUGUCGAGUACCUACCCCCGGCCAGGACCCACUCUUCCAUUAGACUGACGGUGCCCUUGUGUACUCCUGAACAUAAAAAUGUGGUGUGUAAGAUUUAAAUGACCCUGGCGUAGGUUGUAAGUGUAGGCUAUUGCUGCGGUAGGUUUAUUUAUCAUUGCAUUUUUGUUUUUUAAGAGGCCCACAAUCUUAUCAGUUGUUGUUAUUACUGUCACCUGUCACCCUCGUGAAAUUAAGUCUCUUACUAACUUACUUACUUACUUACUUACUUGCUUCGUUACUUAACAAGACGCUGUUGGAGCGUAUAUGUAGGCGUCGCCGUACGAGGCGUAUGUGCAGUUUUUUAAGUACAUAGGGAUGUGUGAGUAGUGCGGUAGCGUUGUAUAUUUUAUGGGUUGGUUGAGAUGUGUGAAGUGGAAGGCGUGGAGUUAUAUUUGACGUGGAUUGUAAGAUAAUAGCUCUAGUUUGUUAAUCAGUGGAACUGGUUUCUCAUAGAACUUGAUAGGAAGUAACAAAAUUUUUUUGGAAGGUAAAAGUGAUUUUUGUGAGGUAGUUGUGGAAGUCUGGGAGUGCUAAUUCGGUUAUGAAGGGAUAGUGUAUAGUUACAAUCUGCUGAAAUGAAGUGGUGGUUGUGAGAAAAAAAAAAACGCUUUUUUUGAGUGUCAAAGUUAUCCAUGGCAGUUUUGUGCAGUGCACUACUUACUUCUUUACCUACCUACUUACUUACUUACUUACUUACUUGCUACCUGUCUACCUGCCUGAUUGCGCCUUACUAAGUUACUUACUUGCUAUUUAAACUAUUGUGUUUGAUUUUUAAGCCCCUCCCUUACAUGGCGUGACGUACAACACAUUAUAGUAAGAAGUGCGAGACACGCACCAAAAGGAAAUCCGCUCACCGGUGGAUUCUGGGUAAAGAACAAGGCUGGUUUAUGGUUCAGUAGAUAUUUUGGCUUUGGCCUUAUGGAUGGUGGCAUGAUGGUGCACUUGGCAAAACAAUGGAAUACAGUGCCUUCACAACUGAGAUGUGAGAUUAAGGGCAGGGAUGAAAACAGGUUUGAACCUUUUUUUUUAUUUUGUUCGUUGUUGUUGCUGAUGAUCAAUAACUACAGAAAAAUAUCUCUCUAACGAAUCUUUUUUUUGUUAAGUUCUCUAGGACCCAUAAAAUGUCUGCCUUUUUCACGAGAAUCGGUACUCAAAUUUGGAGCUCUAUUCCUUAUUCAAUUAUAACACUCAAGCGAUCGUUUUCGGGAAAAAGAUAAAGGAUUUCUUGCGGUCAGGAGACGGUCAUGGUGGAAGUCCCCCACCCUAUAAAGUUGUUUUACACAUUAUCUUAGUCUCUCAUCGUUAUUUACUCACUUUUUGACGUUAGUUUAUGCUAUUUAGUGUAUUGUAAAGUCUUCAUCGUUGUUUAGUCCAUCUACUCGGUAACCUUGUAUUGUAACUAUGUCUUUUCUCUCCCCGCCUCUAGUAGUUCGUACUUUAAUAUAGGCUAUUUGCGGGUGGGAAAAUAUGGUAAAUCAGUUUUAGUAUAAUUACAUUGAUGAUUAUAGAAAAUAGAGCGCUAUGAUUGGCAAGGAGCUUCGCUUCAUCUCGCUAUAAUCAUCGCGCGGUGAUUAUAACAUUGAAGGCCAGCAGUUUUCAAAAUGGCAGCCAGAUAAGUUGAUGUUUCGGAGUCGGAAAUUGGUCAAUAAUGUUAUUUUCUCGAAUAAUCAUCAAUGUAAUUAUACGAAAACAGUCGCUCAGGCGACGUGAAUAGUGAAUAUUCAGGUCGCCUUCGGCGACUAAUUGUUAAAUAGUGUUAAAAUUUAUUUAAAUAAUAUUUGUUGUUGGUAUUGCUGCUGUUGAGGGGGCUCUUUUGUUCUUGCUGUUGUCAAUUCUCGUGUUGAAAGCUUUAACAAUUCAGACAGCAAACACGGAAAAAAGGACUACAAACAGAGCACAAAUGUCGAAUAGGCAGUGCCGUAAAAGCAAGAUUGCAGUACUUAUUGCGUAGGUUAUAGCUGGCUAAGUGACAUUUCGAGCCGCCCAUUUUGUGUUACCUAUUCGGUUUUCCACGGUUGGAUUACCUUGAUUCUCUCUUUAACAUAUUUUGUUUGGAUAAUGAAAUUAAAUUUUUCUAGCUAGUACUCAUAAGAACGUAAGUUUUAAAGGCAAAUAAUUUUAAAUCACCGCUUUUGCUCAUUCACAAACAACAACACUAACCGACUUUUGAAAUCGCAAACGAUUCCCCCCAGGUUAGAGGAAAACGUCGUAAAAAAUAAACCGCUCGCUCCCAAAACCAAUCAUAUUGCAGGAUUUUGAGAAUUCCUUCCGCUCGUAAACUGAGAAUAAAAUAAAAUUACAGUAAUACCUAGCAGCAUUAUAUCGUUACUGUAUCCGACAGCGAUGGAAGAAUAACAACAAACUCCAAACUGUUGUUUGUUAGUAAAUUCAAUUUACCACCGCUAAAAAAAUCAAAGAUAAAUCCGUCAACUUUCUUCGCCCUUUCUAGUUGACUUUGUCCUUAAUCUCUUCUUUCAACUUUUUUCAAACCUAAUCAUUCUCACGGCUGGCAAACACGUCAUUGGUUGGUACUAAAAUGGACGCCAUAUUUUUAAUAGGAGUAAAAGAAUUAACCGUUAAAAAAAUUACUCGCCAGCCCCCAAAAUACCCUAAUGCUCUUUGACUCUUUCGCUCCCAGACCACGUGAUGAGAGAUUAUUUUCAUUUUGGAGGAAAUCCUAUGGCGCUACCUUUCGAAUGAAACACACCUUCACGUCAUAAGCAACAAACUUACUGAAUGGCUGAAAAAAGUGUUCACGUGGUCAUCGCUGCUGUUUGCCGCUGAACGUAAAUGUGCCGCUAAAUCUCUCUAACAACACUUUUUUACAGAGUGAUACCUUCAGAGGUUACGGAGACAGUCGGCAAUUACACAAUAAAAUUCCUGGAGCACGUUCAAGUGAGGGUAAAUCUAGUUUUUGAGCGUCGCGGAGACCUGUAUUUGGAGCUGAUUGCGCCUAGUGGAACCAUAUCUCCAUUGACUCGUCAGAGGAGAGUGGACAAUAUAUAUAGAGACACAAACCUGACAAACUGGUAUAUCACUACUUUAUUUAGUUGGGGAGAAAGUCCUGAAGGACAGUGGAAGCUCAGAAUUGAAAAUUUAGACCAAAAUUACAAAACAACCGGUGAGUGGGCAUUUGAAAUUUCAUGCUGUAGUGUAGUAACGGAAUAAAAUGACUUGUUAAGGUAAUAUUGUUUGUUUACGCUUAUGUAGUGCUAGGGACGACACAAAUGACACCACAAGGGUGCAAAUAAACAGCAUUAGCGGGAAACUGUCAAAGUGUUCAAUCUAGAAAUUAGUCAAAGUGGGUCAUAUGUCCCACAUGGCAUUUUAAAUUGGGUCAUUCCAAAAUGGUCUGGGUCAAACUAUGCUAUUCAAACGUUUAACAACUGACAUCACCCAAACACAGUUGUAUCACUGUGUUACUUGUUGGGCUUGAGGCAGUUGGCUCUUGGAGUUCUGGAUGUUGUCCCAUCGAACUGACUUCUCCAGCAUCUACUUCCUUAUCCAGCCCUUCUUCAUGCAUGAUUUUCAGUAUUUACACACAAGGUAACUUUCUUGGUGGUCAGUAUGACUCCUAGCCAGCAAAGUAGGCGUAUUUUGCAGCACGAUCCAUUAUUUUCUCGGGAAUAACGUUAUCCUGCCAUCUUGGACGUUAAUACUACCAGAGAGUUGGGGCGAGUCAAUAAUUAACAGUUAAUGAAUGAGGCUGAGUAUCUUAUGAUGAAUUAUGGAGAUCGAGGAGGGUGUUAUCCGCCUCGGCCUACGGCCUCGACGGAUAACACCCUCCGAGACGAGAUCUCCAUAAUUUUUCAUAUGAUACGAAAGCCGAAUUCAAUAACUGUUUUAUUAUUCAUUCAAAAUAAUUCCUAGUUUAAAACAUAGCUAAAACAUGCGUACCUCCAUCGAUCCAUCGAUGUUCAGUUCAUCUUCGAUAGUGUACGUUUAGGUUUGUCCAGCUCUGCAAAUGUUCUCCAAAUAGCAGAUGUCACCCUUCGAGUUGUCUUCUUGCUGUUCUUGCCAUGUUUUUAGCUAUUUUUUCGCCUACUUCUUACUACUUCUUCCAAAAUAUCCGGAUACGUGUGGACGGGGCCUAAAACUAAUCAAUCUUGGAAAAUUGUCGACAGUAAUAGCUACAUAUUUGUUCAGUUUGAACUUAGUCACAUACAAAAUUUCAAGAAACACCGUCUUGCAAAUGUCUCUACCCCUCUUUGCUGAUUAUAGAUGAAGUGUCUACAGUCUUGAUCAGUUGCUGAUGUGUCGCCCCUGAUGUUUAAUAGUACCCUUAAAGCUUUUUUCGAUUUUACUACAGCGUAGAAUUGUUUCAUUUUAAUAGCUGAACUGGGGAAAAAAAUUCAAGUCAACGUUGUGCUUUCAUUGUUGCACCAUUUCCUAAGAGCUGAAAAAAUGCUGCUAGUUUUGUCGCAAAUUGCAAAUUUUCGGGUUCCAGUUGUCGGUAUUAACGUCUUUUCGUUUUCGACCAUGUUUAUGUAAAAAGAACAAAAUGCAUGUACUCCACUAGCUGCAACGCUACUGUACGUAAAUUAUCGCUUUUCCAGCGUAAGCAAAGUAACGUGAUUGGUUGGAAUUCAUAGAAUGAACCAAUCAGGUAAAGCGCCGAUAAUGCAUUAUAAUGCACAUUUACCAAGGUUAACUGCGUCAGUUUAAGAGAAAAGUGCUAUCAAUAUAAUUCCUGCUGUGUAAAAACUACAAAGAAAGAAAGACUGACAAUAAUGCUUUUAAAAAGAUAAAAGAAGAAUAGUAGAAACUCUACAUCAAGAUUUGGCUGUCAACCCAAACUGGUAACGAUUUCAUUGGUAGAUCAGUAGCUCCGCCGUGGUAAAGGAAGAAACUAUAUCCGAUACAACGCCUAGAUAUUUAAAAGCAUUCGUGCUCUUAAUAGAUUGACCAUGGACAUUUGGAUCGAAAGUGUCACUGUUCUGCGAGGCAAGACCUUGCCGCCUACCGAAAACCAUUCAUUUUUUCUUCUUUACGUUGCAUAUAAGCUUGUUAAGUUCUAGCUACUUUGAGAGAUUAACUAGUUCCAAAUUCAACGUCAACUUAAGUUUGGACAUAUUUUUUUGAAGUAAAGUAGAUCACUUUGUCGUCAGCAUACAUCAUUGCGCUGGAAAACUGAAAUAGAAUGCAAGAUAGAAAAUCAUCAGUUUAUAGCGUAAAUAUAUAAUACCAGCCCCAAGAAAACUCCCCUGAAACACGCCACUUUGAAUGGUUACGGGAUUUGACAAUGCAUUUCCAUACUGACUGCCUGGGUUCUAUUGAAAGGAAGAUUAAGGUGUCAAGGCCAACGGCUCAACGUUGCCGCCCAAUAAAUAGACUAUUUUACAAAGUGUAAGUGAUACGUGAUCUUAUAACAGGGUUUUUGAAAGUCCCUGGUUGUGGCCUGGCUGGGGUUUGAAUCCGAGCCUGCCGUUCAUUCAAAAGCCUGGGGUCAAUGAACUGGAUAGACUGCGUACCAAUCAUUUCCGUUUCCUUUUACCCAAGCAAGAGAGGCACGGAAGACGCACUGCCAGUGCGUGAGGUGAAAGGAGCACUAGCGGCUCUUCCGCGCUUCCCUCGCUUGGUGCGGCAUGGCGCAUAAUGAAAACGAAAACGACUACUACGCAGGCUACUAACCUCUCUAACCGAGCGGCGGCUACCUCAGUUAACUAGAUUAUAUAGCGAGUUGAAGUCUCCAUAUUUCGAAAUUUCUGGGGAAAUUGAAUUUUAGCUCGAAUAAUCCAGAAACUCGAAUGGAAGGUGUGAACAAACCGCAGUGGAGUGGAGAAACAUGCUUACUAGUUACUUCCACGCUGCUGUCAGUAACUUGGCCAGAAUUGUACAGACGGUAUUUUUAGGGUUUUUUCUUCAUUAUAUAAUCAAGAGGUUCCUUUCCAGAAGAAUUUCGCUUUCGUUAAAACCAGUUACCUAAAUCUUGAUUUAAGUGGAUAAUGAAACUCUUGUUUAUGAAUAGGAAUUUCUCCCAGUGACCUCAUUUAAUAUUUUUCUGACUACCUUCUUAUUUUUAAUUGUCCGUUUAAGGUAUUCUUUACAGUUGGUCGCUGAUUCUGUACGGAACAGAGAAGGAUCCCCUAUCAAAGAACCUACAUGUUCCGACAAUUUCUAUGAUUGUUCACCCUGCAACAUAUUCAAGCCACACUUUGCCUGCUACAACAACACAGCCAUCUUCAAAACCUGGUAGG